AUGGGUUAUGGGACUAGAUAUUGGGCCAUACCCCAAGACUUACAUGCACUGUUAUUUGGGAUCAUUUACCCUGCUCUCUCGGUCAUCUGCAUAGUGAUCCUUGCUCGAACGGUUAGACGUCGACGACAGGGUCGGUACGCACUGCCUCAACGACAAAUGGACUCCCAUCUCUCUAAGCUAGAGAAGCAUGGUGAUGACCAGCCAGCCCAGGAGAUGAAACUGCAAACAUCGCGUUCCGGAUCAUCUCCCAGGGCCGUCCCUUUUCCAACUGCCUGCGAUAUCCUGCAACCUCUGUCGCAUCUGACGCCGUUACCGCCCAGUGGUUAUCUGGCUUCCAUGCUGGGCGGUGGACUGUCUGUGGCCCAGGUGGGGACAUCGGAGAAUGAGUCGACAGUCAUGUCCGACUGCAAAGAUAUUCACCGAGACGAUGAUCGACCAACUACCUCGGACACGAACGACAGCCGUGUUGACUCAUUUGCUGAGAGCCAACCCCAGCAGCAUCAGCAACAUGAAGCUGCAGCGGUACCGGCUACAUGGUCUACAGAAAAUCACGAGCAAGAAGUCUUCGAGCUUCCAGGCUCGGAUGAGCCUCCAUCUAUCCAGAGGCGCAAUCAAACGGUCCACUUUCCCCAAGUCGUGGACCCGGAUGGUGCUCGUUCCUGGAAGCGGCUGAUUGUGGAAUACAACUGA